AUGAACUCUUGCUUGGUUUUGUUGGCUUUGUUGGGCGUCUCGUUGGCGAUGAUGUUGCCACCGUAUUACAAUGGACGUUUCGAGGGGCACCAUGGACAUCAUCACGGAUUCGAACCCGAAUAUCAGAGGUUUGGACAUCACAAUCGCUUCCGUCGCCAGUACUUUGGUGGAAUGGGUGGAGGACGAGGAGGAUUUGGAGGAGGAUGGGGUGGAAUGGGCGGUGGAAUGGGCGGAGGAAUGGGCAGAGGGAUGGGCGGAGGGAUGAACAACUUGGGAAUGAUGGCAGCCCAGAUGGGCGGUCAAUUCCCGGGCGUCGUGCAGUCCAACUCCAACAGUUGGGGCUCGUUCAAAUCCGAGCGCCAAGGCGGCUUCAACAACCAGGAACAAUCGCUGAUCAUGGGC